AUGCUCAGCAGAUCGACCCGACUGGCUCGAGUGGUCCAGACCUCCACCCGGCUCUACUCCACUGCCUACCCCACUACCCAUGCGAAAAUCGAGAACCCCGUGGACACCAAGGCGUUCAUCAACGGCCAAGCAGUCGCCUCCAAGGCUACCACCUGGUUCGAUCUCCAUGACCCCGCAACAAACAACCUGGUGACGCGAGUCCCCCAGUCCACCGACGAGGAGAUGCGACAGGCCGUCGAGGCCGCCCAGAAGGCCUUCCUCACCUGGAAAGACACCUCCAUCAUGCACAGACAACAGGUGGCUUUCAACUUUGUGCGUCUGAUCCGAGACAACUGGGACCGACUCGCCGCCUCCAUCACCCUCGAGCAGGGCAAGACCUUUGCCGAUGCCAAGGGAGACGUGCUCCGUGGCCUUCAGGUGGCCGAGCAGGCCUGCUCCAUCCCCAACACCCUCAUGGGCGAGUCCCUGGAGGUGGCCAAGAACAUGCGAACCGAAAUGUACCGUGAGCCUCUCGGUGUCGUCGCCGCCAUUGCUCCCUUCAACUUCCCCGCAAUGGUGCCCCUCUGGUCCAUCCCCCUGGCUCUCGUGACCGGUAACACUCUCAUCCUCAAGCCCUCCGAGCGAGAUCCCGGCGCUGCUCUCAUCCUCGCCGAGCUCAUCACCGAGGCCGGUGCCCCUCCCGGAACCGUCAACAUUAUCCACGGAGGCGCCCCCACCGUCAACUUCAUCUGUGACGCCCCCGAGAUCAAGGCCAUCUCCUUCGUUGGAGGUGAUGCUGCCGGCAAGCACAUCCAUCAGCGAGGCGGAGCCAACGGUAAGCGAGUUCAGGCCAACCUGGGCGCCAAGAACCACUGCGUUCUGAUGCCCGAUGCUGACAAGAACUUUGCUCUCAACUCCAUUGUCGGCGCUGCCUUUGGCGCUGCCGGCCAGCGAUGCAUGGCUCUGUCCACCCUGGUCACCACCCAGGGCACCGGCUCGUGGAUGCCCGAGCUUGUCGAGCGUGCCAAGAAGCUCACCAUUAACGGUGGCUUUGAGGCUGACGCCGAUCUGGGACCUGUCAUCUCCCCCGCCGCCAAGGCCCGAUGUGAGGCUCUGAUCCAGUCUGCCAUCGACGAGGGAGCCACCGUUCUGCUCGAUGGCCGAGGACAGCACCCCGCCAAGUACCCCAACGGUAACUUCAUUGGCCCCACCAUCAUCACCGGUGUCAAGCCCGGCAUGAAGUGCUACGACCAGGAGAUUUUCGGCCCCGUUCUUGUUGUCGUUGAUACCACCGAUCUUGACGACGCCAUUGGUCUCAUCAACCGAAACAAGUACGGCAACGGUGCUGCCAUCUUCACCCGAUCCGGUGCUGCAGGCAACAAGUUCCAGAAGCAGAUCCAGGCCGGCCAGAUUGGUAUCAACGUGCCCAUCCCCGUCCCUCUCCCCAUGUUCUCCUUCACCGGAAACAAGGGCUCCUUCCUGGGCGACCUCAACUUCUACGGCAAGGCUGGUGUCAUGUUCCUGACCCAGUACAAGACCGUGACCACCCAGUGGCGAGACGAGGAUGUCACCUCCCAGAAGGCUGAUGUUAUCAUGCCUACCCAGAGCUAG